AUGGAUCAGAUUGGCCAGAUGAAAUUGAUGGUUUUUGAUAGUAUGGCUUCUGACAUUGUUGGCUGUCCUGUAAGCAAUCUUCCUGAUGGGUCAUGGGAUGAGAUUGAUGAUCCUGAAGCUUUGCCUAAUUCUAUUAAGAACUUGGUGUCUAGGGUGCUGUCAAAUGAUACAACUGAAAAAGAAGAGGAGAUUCCAGCUGAUUCCAAUGACCAGAAAUUGUUUACAAUGGGAGAUCGAAGACAAAGGGCUAAAGGAAAAAAGAAAACGGUGGGUUCAUCUAGAUCUGACUAUCCUGAGGAUAUUCCAGAAGGAUGUAAAAAAACAAAUGAGUUGGAGAAAUGUGAAAAGAAAAUCGUUAAGGGAAGGAUGAUUCAGGAAGAAGAUUGUACUUGUAUUAUUGAAACUGAAAGCGAAGGGAGCUCUUGCUCAAAUUCAAAAUCGAAAAACAAGAAAAAGAGCUCUAAGGUGGAAAAAGCCAAAGCCGAUCCAUGUUUUGGAAAAAUGAAGGAUAAAAAGGUAUUCAAGAUCAGAAAUUUGCAUGUCGUAAAGGACGUGGAUGAAAGGAAGUUAAUAGAGUUGCUACAGAAAGGUCCAAUUGCCGUGAGUAUAGCAGUAGCAAAUGACUUUAAGCUAUUUAAAGGGGAUGAAGUCCACAAAGGAUAUCCUAAGAGUGGGAGAAAGGCCUUAAGAGACCAUAUGGUUCUAUUGACGGGUUACGGAACAACAUCAGACGGUGUCCAUUACUGGGAGUUUCAAAAUUCGUACGGUCUGGAGUGGGGGAAAGAUGGAUUUGGGAGAUUAAUUAGACAGUGCAGCCAAGAAAAGGAAGAACCAUCUCUAAUCAAUGCCUAUAUCUACCCAGAGAUUCUGGCCUAA